GGGCUAUAUAAAGGCAGGGAAACCUCAGCCAGCUCAAAAGAAAGUCUUGGAGCUGCUGGUGUUCUCCCUCCCUCCUGCCUUCACGUGAUUCAGCUUCCCCACGCCGGGAGCCGAGGACAAGCCUCGCUGUGCGAGAUGGCUGCCCGCGGCUCCCUCCUUCUUCUCUUUCUGCCCUCGCUGGUCACAGCUUCACACAGCCCUCCUGGCUGUAAGAUCCGGAUUACUUCCAAGGGGCUGGACCUGGUGAAGCAGGAGGGGCUGCGCUUUGUGGAGCAGGAGCUGCAGAACAUCACCGUGUCAGACCUGCAUGGGAGUGAGGGGCAGUUCCAGUACAACAUCAGCCAGGUCAAGGUGACAGACCUGCAGCUGGCUUUUUCAGACCUGAACUUCCAACCCCAGCAGCACCUUGUCUUCAACAUCAGCAAUGCUUCCAUUAGCCUACGCUUCCGCAGGCAGCUGCUCUACUGGUUCUUCUAUGACAUUGGGUCCAUCAAUGCCUCUGCGGAUGGUGUCCACAUCUACACAGUGCUGCAGCUGGCCAAGGAUGAGGCUGGGCGCCUCAAGAUCUCCAAUAUGACCUGCAGCGCCUCCAUAGCGAGAAUGCAUGCUGGCUUCUCUGGCACACUCAGGAAGGUCUAUGAGUUCCUGAGCACCUUCAUUGUCACGGGGAUGCGCUACCUCCUCAGCCAGCAGAUCUGCCCAUCUCUGGAGCAUGCCAGCCUGGUGCUGCUGAACUCUUUGCUGGACACAGUGCCUGUGAGAAACUACGUGGAUGAGCAUAUUGGGAUUGACUACUCCCUCCUACGGGAUCCUUCCAUCACCACUGACACCCUUGAGCUUGACUUCAAGGGCAUGUUUUUCCCCCGGGUGAGAGAGGACCAGGAGCUGGAGAACCACGCGGUGGAGCCGGUGAUCAAGGAGACCGAGCGCAUGGUUUAUGUUGCCUUCUCCGAGUACUUCUUCGAUUCAGCCAUGCACUCGUACUUCCAGGCAGGAGUACUGACCAUAGAGCUCCAGGGGGAGAAGGUGCCCAAGGACCUGGAGGUUUUGCUGAGAGCCACAUUCUUUGGGACCAUCUUCAUGCUGAGCCCUUCUGUGGAUGCUCCGCUGCGGCUGGUGCUGCAGGUCUCUGCUCCCCCACGCUGCACCAUCAAACCCUCAGGGACCUCAGUUUCUGUCUCUGCCUUCCUGAACAUCUCACUGGUGCCCCCGGACCGCCCACCUGUCCAGCUCUCCAGCAUGGCCAUGGAAACCAAGCUGAGUGCCAAGGUGUUUCUGCAAGGGAAGGCGCUGCGUGUGCAGCUGGAUCUACGACGGUUUCGCAUCUAUUCCAAGCAGUCAGCGCUGGAGUCGCUUGCGCUGUUCUCACUGCAGGCCCCACUGAAGACCCUGCUGCAGCUGACCAUCAUGCCCAUCAUUAACGAGAGGACAAAGAAGGGGGUGCAGAUCCCACUGCCCGAAGGCAUGGACUUCACCAGGGAGGUGGUCACCAAUCACGCGGGAUUCCUCACAGUGGGAGCUGAUCUCCACUUCUCCAAGGGGCUGCGGGAAGUGAUUGAGAAAUACCGCCCGGUGCCGACCGCCACUGCCUACUCCAGCUCCCAGCCUGCAGAGCCCAGCCUGGAUCCCAGCUCGCUCUAGCUUUCCUCCCUGGACCAAGGGCAUAUCCCGGGCUGGACCCGUAGACUGUAGGUAGGAAGCAGCUUCCCUGGUACCACCAGCACAUUGUCAGGGCGUCCAGGCCCUGGUGGGGCGCAGCAAGGUGGAGAGGGUGCUCUGGGAAUCCCUGCUGCAGCCCUGCUCAUUACACUAAUAAACCACCUGACUCCAA